AUCGACCUUCCCAACCAGUUCAAGCAUCCCGCAGUCUUUUCGCAAACCGUCAAGAUGCUCAUUCCCAAGGCCGACCGCAAGGCGAUCCACGAGUACCUCUUCCGAGAGGGCGUUUUGGUCGCAAAGAAGGACUUCAACCUCCCCAAGCACGGAGAGAUUGACACCAAGAACCUCUAUGUCAUCAAAGCUUGCCAGUCUUUGACCUCGCGCGGUUACCUCAAGACCCGCUUCUCAUGGCAGUACUACUACUACACCCUCACCCCCGAGGGUCUUGACUACCUCCGCGAAUGGCUCCACCUCCCCGCCGAGAUUGUUCCCCAGACCCACAUCAAGCAGCAGCGCUCUGCUCCUCCCCGAGGCAUGCUCGGCGGUGACGACCGUGAGCGCCGUGGCGGGGGCCGUGGUGGACGUGGCGGUGACCGUGGCGAGUACCGCCGCCGUGAUCAGGCCGAGAAGGGCGAGGGUGGUGCUCCCAGCGACUUCAAGCCCGAGUUCCGUGGUGGCUUUGGACGUGGCCGUGGUGUCGCUCCUGCUUCUUAAGGCAGUUGAGAGGCUUUUUCGGAGUAGGGCUAGAUAUCGUUUCAUCUUCAUGUCGGGCUUUACUGCAUAACAAAAUGGGUUCGGAUACGGCGAAAUGACCGGAUGAUACUACGAAUGGAUCGCUUGUCUGAGUUGCGAUGUCGCAGUCUUAGAUGACCGUGUUCUCAAUGAUACCCCAUACGCUUCGGUGACUUUUAGCGUGUCUAUUCAUGGUUGCAAUUUGUUCUGCAUGCAAGAAUGGGGAGGAUUUGGUGUGAAGCGUGUCUGGUAUUCGUGCGUAACUGUAGUAUCCGUCAAUGUCCACCUUUCCCAGGCUUCAGCAACC